AAGUACCACGUCCCGCUGCUUCCUCUCUUGCUUGUAUUGAUUUUCUUCCUUCAUUUAAUAUUAUAUCUUAUUAAUAUAUAUAAAAUUUAAUUUAAUAUUUAUUUAUUUAUACACACGUACGUACGGAGUAUAGUUUAUUGAACAGAUUUCAUAUAACCGGCGAAGGAUCGUUGAACUGAUCGGUUAUGGCAAUGCCGGAGACGUUUGAACAAUUUGCAAGGCCAAGUCAUGAUGGAUCCUCAGGUAAUGAGGGUGAUAACCAGUCAGAUUUUGGAAUAUCUGAGGAGGAGAGGAAGAAGAGAAUUAGGGUGUUGAAGAUGAAAGCGAAAAAGGUGUCUGGAAAAGUUAAGAAUUCUUUUAAGAAGAAAAGCAGGACAAGAAAUGAUCAUGGAAGUUCUAUUCCCGUAGACGAUGACUGGGAAAAGGAAGUAGUGGAGGCUGUGAGUACAUUCCGGGAAGUACUGAUCAUGGAGAACUUGCUUCCUAGGAAGCACGAUGAUUAUCACGAAUUGUUGAGAUUCUUGAAAGCCAGAAAGUUUGACAUUGAGAAGGCAAAGAAAAUGUGGGUCAACAUGCUUCAAUGGAGGCAAGAUUUUGGGACUGACACUAUUAUGGAGGAUUUUGACUUUAGAGAACGAAAUGAAAUGCUGCAGUGCUAUCCCCAGGGCUACCAUGGAGUUGAUAAGGCAGGGAGACCUAUUUAUAUUGAAAGGUUAGGAAAACUGAAUGUGGACAAGCUUUUAGAAGUAACUACCCUGGAUCGGUAUAUUAAAUACCAUGUUCAGGAGUUUGAGAAGUCGCUUACAAUUAGAUUUCCUGCCUGCACUAAAGCUGCACAACGGCAUAUAGAUUCGAGUUUGACAAUUUUAGAUGUUGAAGGAGUGGUAUUAAAGAACCUGACCAAACCAAUGCGAGAAUUUAUUAUGGAGUUGCAGAAGAUUGAUAAUGACAUUUAUCCUGAAACACUUGGCCAAAUGUUUAUCAUAAAUGCCGGUCCUGGAUUUAGGCUUCUAUGGAAUGUACUCAAGCCUUUUAUUGACCCUUAUACUGCUUCAAAGAUUCAUGUUCUUGACAACAGUUACAGAAGCAAAUUGCUUGAAGUAAUUAACGGAAGUGAGUUGCCAGAAUUUUUAGGUGGCAGCUGUAGCUGUGCUAAGGACGGAGGCUGUCUGAGGGCAGACAAAGGGCCGUGGAGGGAUCAAUCCUUAUCAUAGCAAUGCAUCUGCCUGCUAGCUGCUACUGCUGAGUUGAGAUCUGAAGUUGAACAAAUUAGAUCUAUGGUAAUUACCAAACAAACAAGUUGAUGAGGCAAAGAAACUGAAGUUGGUGUUUAUUUGUAACCUUGUCAGCCAACCAUUAUUGAUGUAUUAAAAGUUAUCAAUAAUUAAGACUGCAUUAGCAUUAUUAUAUGCAAUUGCUGUUAAAUAUCAAAACAGCAUGUUUUAUUGUUA